UACAAGCUUGUCACAUAUGCAUCGAGCUUCAAUAGCGAGAGAGAGGGAUCUAGCUAGAAAAAUGGAAAAGUCGGCUAUUGUUGUUGGUGUCAUAGUAGCAUUAUUUUUGCCAUGCAUAGUUGAAUCAACCGUGCAUGUGGUGGGAGAUGCCAUAGGCUGGGACAACCGACAAAACUCUGCAUAUUAUUCCAAUUGGGCUGCCUCUAACAAAUUCGCUGUUGGUGAUGUUCUUACAUUUAACUUCACUACCAACGAACACGACGUGGUUGAAGUACCAAAAGCAUCGUACGAUGGGUGCAGCACAGACAACGCCAAACAAACGAUAAAAAAUGGGCCAGCCAACGUCUCUCUGACGGAGGAAGGAGAGCAUUAUUACAUAUGCAGCAUCAGCGGACACUGCCAAGCCGGCCAGAAGUUAGCCAUCACUGUUCACUCCUCGUCAACCCCCGCCGUAAAUUGCACGCCUUCACCGGCUUCAUCUCCUACUCCCACACCCCAAACGGCCCCACCUACUACGCCAGGUAAUUCUUGUCCGGCUCCCUCUAUUCUGGCUGCUGUCUUUUUCUCUUUAGGGUUCAUUGCCCUCAGCUUCUGUUUCACUAUGUAGAAGUGACUUUCACGAAUGAACUUGAUUAUAUAUUAUAUAUAUAAUGAUCAUAUGUAAUAAAUUUGGCCAAGAUUUUGGUUUUUUUUGUUCUGACAUGUAUUCAAUUUUGUAAGAGCUACUCGGCUAGCCCAUCUACCAUAUUAUUAUGAUUAAUAAUAAUUUUAGGUUUUCCA